AUGUCGGCACCUAACGUUGGUCCCCGAGCACCGAGUAGUGCUCACGAUCUGGAGAGCCAGCAUUCAUCUGACAGGAGUCCUCUCUCCAACUUCGGUUUCUUGAAGAACCUCAGCCUGGACAAGAAACAAACGAAAGAUGGAGCAGCCCCCAAGCGACGCGGGCCUAAGCCCGACAGCAAACCUGCCUUGACCCGCAGACAAGAACUGAACAGACAAGCUCAGAGAACACACCGCGAACGCAAAGAGAUGUACAUCAAGGCACUCGAGCAUGAGGUUCUUCGUCUCAAGGAACUCUACGGAUCCAGCAUCUCCGAUCGCGAAGCUGUCGUCACUGAAAACAAGCGCCUCAAGGAACUUCUGCUAGCCCACGGCAUCCCGCUUGACAGCCUGCAAUCACUCCCGGCCAUGCGCGGUAUGCCUGCCUCAUACAACGGCAGCUCGAGCGGUAGCAUAUCUGGCAGCUAUCGUCAGGACUCUAGCACUGCUGGCUUCAGUCCCCCUCCCCUUCGCUCUCAAGACUCAAAGCCGCCGAUGGCUAGUGCAGGCCAGUUGCCUGGUCAGCAUCUGGAUUAUGACCAGAUUGGCAUUGACUUCGUUCUGACUCUCGAACGCCCCUGUAUGGACCACAUGCAAUAUCUCGUGGUCCGCUCGCACAACCCUGAGGGACAGCCCUUCCACCAUCCCAUGGAGAGGCCCGACGACACAGAGUACGAUCACAUGUGCGGUCAUGCUCUCAUGGCGACCUGUCCCCCGCCGUCGCACAUCAUGAACAAACCUGGAGACCCAUACGGCCACAGAAUGCCGGACUUGAAGGCUCCAGACCUCAUGAAGCUGUUGGAUCUCAGCGCCCAGCUGCCCCUCGAGGGCGAGCUUACACCCGUCAUGGCGUGGUUGUUGCUUCUGCAAAACAGCAGAGUGUCCGAGAUGACAGCUCAGGACUUUGAGCUUGUCAAGGCUGACCUCGCUGGCAAGGUCAGAUGCUACGGUUUCGGAGCCGUUCUGGAAGAGUUCGAGGUGCGCGAUGCCCUCAGCAAUCUCUUCAUCGCGAAGGAGAACAUGUCGGUUGGUCAGGUUCCUAUGGCCCAGGCAAUUGAGGCUUACUGA